UGCCAAGGUGCCGGGCCGCGGGCAGAGCCUGCAGCAGCCGCAGCCCACGGAGCUGCCCGGGCAGCAGCGCAGAGCCACCGAGCUCCGUCCGGCGCAUCUCCCGCACCGACAAGUUUGUGCCCAUUGCCUAUUGCUGGACACCACCAAGAGGAGCCUGGUUCCAUCUUCUUUACGCUUGCAUCAGGAACGGCUUCCCCAGCUGAAGAUGUCGAACAAUGGAGUUGAAACAGAAGACAAGCCGCCCGCUCCCCCGAUGAGAAAUGCCAGCGCCCUGAUUGGAUCAGGAAGCAAAGAUGCUGGGACUUUAAACCAUGGCUCCAAACCUUUGCCUCCCAACCCAGAAGAAAAGAAGAGGAAGGACCGAUUCUACAGAUCCAUUUUGCCAGGAGAUAAAACCAAUAAAAAGAAAGAGAAGGAGCGGCCAGAGAUCUCCCUCCCUUCAGACUUCGAACACACGAUUCAUGUGGGGUUUGAUGCAGUCACAGGAGAAUUCACAGGAAUGCCAGAGCAAUGGGCACGCUUACUGCAGACUUCCAACAUCACCAAGUCAGAGCAGAAGAAGAACCCCCAGGCAGUGCUGGAUGUCUUGGAGUUUUACAACUCAAAGAAGAUCUCAAACAGCCAGAAGUACAUGAGUUUCACAGAUAAAGCAACAGAGGAUUAUAAUUCAUCAAAUACAUUGAAUGUGAAAGCUGUCUCUGAGACCCCUGCGGUGCCCUCGGUGUCUGAAGAUGAAGAUGAUGAAGAUGAUGCAGCUCCACCUCCCGUGAUAGCCCCACGACCUGAGCACACAAAAUCUAUAUACACCCGCUCUGUGAUAGACCCCCUUCCUCCUCCGACCAGGGAUGUGGCCACCUCUCCCAUUUCUUCUCCUUCAGAAAACAGCACAACAGCAUCUGACAUGCAGGCCAGGAGCAUGGAGAAACAAAAGAAAAAGCCAAAAAUGUCAGAUGAAGAGAUCUUGGAAAAACUAAGAAGUAUUGUGAGCGUGGGAGAUCCCAAAAAGAAGUACACAUGUUUUGAGAAGAUUGGACAAGGAGCCUCAGGUACAGUUUAUACAGCAAUGGAUGUAGCUACAGGACAGGAGGUUGCAAUCAAACAGAUGAAUUUGCAGCAGCAGCCCAAAAAAGAACUGAUCAUUAAUGAAAUCCUUGUGAUGAGGGAAAACAAAAACCCCAACAUUGUCAACUACUUGGACAGUUACCUUGUAGGAGAAGAGCUGUGGGUGGUGAUGGAGUACUUGGCAGGAGGAUCCCUAACAGAUGUGGUGACAGAGACCUGCAUGGAUGAAGGACAGAUCGCAGCCGUGUGCCGGGAGUGUCUCCAAGCACUGGAAUUCCUCCACUCCAACCAAGUUAUUCACAGAGACAUCAAGAGUGACAACAUCCUGCUUGGAAUGGAUGGCUCUGUCAAACUAACUGACUUCGGCUUCUGUGCCCAGAUCACUCCUGAGCAGAGCAAACGCAGCACCAUGGUGGGGACCCCGUACUGGAUGGCGCCUGAGGUGGUGACACGCAAAGCAUAUGGGCCCAAAGUGGACAUCUGGUCACUGGGCAUAAUGGCCAUUGAGAUGAUCGAAGGAGAGCCCCCCUACCUCAAUGAGAACCCCCUGAGAGCCCUGUAUCUCAUUGCUACUAAUGGGACUCCUGAGCUGCAGAAUCCAGAAAAGCUUUCACCCAUCUUCCGAGACUUCUUAAAUCGCUGCCUUGAGAUGGACGUGGAGAAGAGAGGGUCUGCCAAGGAGCUGCUCCAGCACCAGUUCCUAAAAAUUGCAAAACCUCUGUCCAGUCUCACUCCUCUGAUCAUUGCAGCUAAGGAGGCAGCCAAGAACAACCAUUGAAAUGGUGGAGCCAACACAAGUCGUCGUGUCAAGACUUUUAGGUGUUCCCUUUCAGAGACUGAACUACCUGCCCCUCUCCCCUUCAGCUCCUUCACAGGGGUAUUCUUAAAACUUUGACCUGCCCUGAAGGGUGCCAGAGCUGUUGUUCACUGAAUGUGGAAGGGCACACAACAGGGAGAUUACUGAUCUUACCUGGUGAACUGUCUUUCCACCCUUGUGAAGAGGGGAAGAGUGUUCUGUGUGGUUGAGAUCUUUCUGAGAACAUCUGAACCUGACCUACACAUUACAAAGCCAGUUUGUUUUAUUUCUUACUGUGUUUGUUUUAAAAAAGAAUGUGGAGCCUUAGACCUUGUUUAUCUUAAUGGAUUAAAUCUUUUGCUGGCUGGACUUGCCCUGCUUCUGCCAAGCUGCUCUUGCACCGCUCGGGCUGCUCUGUGCUUUGGAUGACUUGAGGAGGGAAGGAUGCAGGCAGAAGAAAUGGGAACAGCUGUAAGAACUGAGAAGGGAAGGAGGGUGUGAAUCCUGCAGCAGUGCUGGAUGCUUCAUGGGAGUGUGGAGAAAGCCUCUGUGUGCUUCCUGCAGCCAUUGGAGAACUUCUUUCAUGGGUGAUGUUUUUGCCAGACUCUGUGACUUGGAGCUCCUCCCUCCCCCCCCUUUAGCUUCAACUCGACUAGUUAAAGCAAUCUCAACCAUUUCUGAUGUUCUAGAAGGUAAAUCUCAGGAAAAAUCAUCGAUGCAGAGCUCUUUUAGGGUUAUUUUAUCCCCCCUGUGAGGCUUCUUUGGAGGCCUUUGCCUUGUGUGAUAAAGCAGACAGAGCAAUUACUAUUGUAAAGAUAAGAUUUGCCUGCAAAAUGAUGUUGAAAACUGUUGUUUCUUAGAGCAAGUCCAAUGGAAAACAAACUGAUCUUGGAUGCUGCUUUCUCCUUGGAGAUGUGGGGACAUUCAUUGCUUCUGAACUGAUAGUGGUUUCUUUGUGCUACUGAUUCCUUGGGUUGCUAAUAGUCUGUAAAAACAACAGGCAACCUGGAGCUACUAGAGAUGGGUUGUAAACACUGGGCUGAUGUUCACCUGUGUACUGAUUUUUAAUAAAAUGACUGCUGAGUUUCUUAA